AUGUCUUUCACAAGCAUAAUCCACGGUCCAGGACCGCUUGAAGUUUUGGCGCUCCUUGCCGCGGGAGGUCUGGUCGCCUUCAGCUUCCUCGUAACCUACCGCCUAACGCUUCAUCCGCUCGCACCAGUCCCCGGACCUCUGCUUGCCGCCGCUACGGGGUGGUAUGAGCGCUAUUUCGCUCUGGUGAAAGAUGGCGGAGGUCGGUACUGGGCCGAAGUGGAACGGCUGCACAAGAUAUACGGCCCAAUUGUGCGCAUCAGUCCAUGGGAGGUUCACAUCAAGGACCCCGACUGGGAUGACAUUUACAAGCUCUCAUCAAAGGCGUCCAAGCCCCGGUGGUAUUAUCAGAGCUUCGGCACCACUCUGAGCACAAACACCACCGAGGCCCAUCAGCUCCACCGCGCUCGUCGCCAGGCACUGGUGUCUUGGUUCUCGUCGCAAAACAUUGCCCGCAAUACACCUACAGUCCAGGCUACGAUUGACCGGCUUCAUGACCGGCUUCUGGCUUCCUCGGGCAGGGUCAUCAACAUGGGCGAUGUUUUUCGGUCCCUCGCCAUCGACGUGGCGUCAGGCUUCGCUUUUCAGAGAGCAUUCAACAACUUGGACGACGCAGAGUUCGGCAGGGAUUUUAACCAUGCUGUAAGGGACUAUGGCAAAACCGGAAUCGUGAACAGACACUUUUUCGGACUCCCGUUCCUGCUUAUGCGGUUAUUGCCAGUACACAUAUUCAACCUGAUCAGUCCUAAGGCUGGCAACGACUUUAUGGCGAUUGUCAACCGUUGUGCCAAGGAGGCCAUGAACAAACCCAUUCGGUCACACGAGGAGGCCGAGGACGUGGUGCAGAGCAUUCUCACCGCCGAUCUCCCGCCAGAGCAGAAGACGUUCGAUCGUAUCUUUGCCGAGGUCCGGAGCAUCAUCCUGGGUGGAACAGAGACCACUGCAACUGUGUUGACUUCCAUCACAUACCACGCCCUCUCCAAGCCAGAAAUCGCCACUCGGCUUCGAAACGAACUUGCUGAGGCCGAGAAGGACAAGGGAGCCAAGCUGGAGUACCAGGAUAUCAGAAGACUGCCCUAUCUUACAGCUGUUAUCCACGAAGCAUUACGCACGUGCAACGCCGUGAUAGGGAGACUGACUCGCUCCUCCGAGGUUGCGGAUCUCCAAUACCAGCAGUACUCUCUGCCACGCGGGACUAAUAUCUCCAUCAACCUGCACGACACGCACAUGAAUCCCACCAUCUUCCCCGAGCCCGAGAAAUUCCUCCCCGAUCGCUGGCUCAACGAGUCGGACUACAAGAGGAUGUCAAAGUACCUGCAACCCUGGGGCCGAGGAUCACGGCUCUGCCUGGGCAUGGAACUGGCAUACACCGACCUGUACCUGGCCGUGGCGCGCCUGUUCGGUCCCGAUUGCGCCUUCACCAUGAGACUCUAUGACACCCAACUGGAGGACUGGGAUGCUUACGCUGACUACUUCGCACCCUUGCCUGUCCCAGGGGGCAAAGGACUCCGCGUGGUUGUUGAGCCCAAGGAAAAGGCAGGAAAGGUGUAGGAUCGAUGGCAACAUCUCAGCUGGCUGAUGAAUAUGGUAUACUUAUUCAAGGAGAUGAUGAACUAGAGAUCUAGAUAGAGACCAAAGAAGUCAAUAUUACGAAGC